GUGGCCCGAGUCAACUUCCGGCCGGUGUGGCGUCCGUCCUGCUAGGCUGGCGCGGCUGACGGGACUCCGUGGAGAUGGCUUGCGCGGCCGCGCGGUCCCCGGCCGACCAGGACAGGUUUAUUUGUAUCUACCCCGCUUAUUUAAAUAAUAAGAAGACCAUAGCCGAGGGGAGACGGAUCCCCGUAAGUAAGGCUGUAGAAAACCCUACGGCUACUGAGAUUCAAGAUGUAUGCUCAGCAGUUGGACUGAAUGCCUUUCUGGAGAAAAACAAAAUGUACUCCAGAGAAUGGAACCGUGAUGUUCAGUAUAGAGGCAGAGUCCGGGUACAGCUCAAACAGGAAGAUGGCAGCCUCUGCCUUGUACAGUUCCCGUCACGUAAGUCAGUGAUGCUAUACGUAGCAGAAAUGAUACCCAAGCUAAAAACAAGGACACAGAAAUCAGGAGGUGCCGACCCAAGUCUUCAACAAGGAGAGGGGAGUAAAAAAGGGAAAGGAAAAAAGAAGAAAUGAUGUGGUAUGAACGUGGAACACAGUCCUGCUGGGAGAGACAUGGCAUCUUUGUGUCUGAGGGAACAGCCUUUUGUUUGUGUCCUUUAACUGAGCUGUGAACAAGUCUCCCAUCUUCAUCAACAGUUAACAAUGAAAUACGUUUACAUCCUAAGUUUGCAUCCAGCUUUUAUAAUGUAAGAAGGAAAAAUUGUAUGUGUGGAAGAAAGAAGAAUAUUUUUAACAGAUAAUGACUGUCCCAUAAGUUACUUGAAAUACUAUAUCUGUUUGUCCUCUAUGUAAACAUAUAUUUCAGGUAUAUAAGUUUAAUAAAAUUUGAAAUACGCAUUUUGUUCACCUUUAAGUUAAUGAAAUAAAAGAUUUUAAACUGA